GGGAGAAGAGUGAUCCUCUUGUAGAGAUGAUGAAUGGCCAAGGGAGAGUCAAUCCUGGAACUCCAGCCCCAGCAGAAGAGAGAAGCUGCUCCUGGCUGAACAUCUGGGUCUUUCUCAUUUUUGCUCUUGCAAUCAAAACUGCCUUUGUGACCAGCUGCCUUGUGGCUUUACUUGAUGGAAGCCAUGGCCAGUACAAGACUGUACUCCAGAACUCUACAGAGUGGUACUGUGUCCCCAGCAGUUCUGCAGAAAAAAUGGAUGGCUGGAUGUGCUGCCCAAAGGGCUGGAGAUUCUUUCAAGCAAGCUGCUAUUACCUGUCCCCUGACACGAUGUCAUGGGCUGAGAGUGAGCAGAACUGCACUGGGAUGGGCUCCCAGCUGGUGGUGAUCAACAGCAAGGCAGAGCAGGAGUUCCUCUUCAACUUGACAAAAGAAAAGGUUACUAACAUCUAUGAAACAAAAUACUACAUAGGCUUAGCUGCUUAUGAAAAUGGGCAGUGGCAGUGGGUGGAUCAGACUCCAUAUGAAAAUACACCCAUGUUCUGGAAGCCUGGGGAGCCCAAUUUACUGUUUGCAGAAAAAUGUGCUGCAAUUCAUGUCAAAGGAAACACAGACCCCAACACUUACAGUAACUGGAAUAAUGUCCUUUGCUUCACAAGUUGCUAUCGAAUUUGUGAGCAGGCAGUCAAACUUCUCUGAGGAAGGACAUAAAAUCCAAGCUUCAAAGUUCCCAGCCUGUGCCCCUGCAUCCCUCUACAAGAUGGAGAUCGGUUCUGGAUGAAACAGCUCAGGCUGAUGUGAAGGACCUACUGUGAACCUUGCCACUCUCCUUCAGAAACAAGGGUCCUAAUUCUCCAUCACUUCCCUUGGCUCCUGGUCCAGCCAAUAUCUCAAUGAUGUGGAAAAGGCCAUCACUCUUUCAUGAAAGGAUACUUGUCCUUCAAAUCACUGGAGCAGAAUUUGAAAGAAGAGCAUUCAGUGGAGACACCUAGUCCCUCCUCUGAAGGGAAAAAUUAUUCAUGGCUGUAGUGUUUCCUUCUCCUUCAGCACACUGCAUGUUGAUUUGUUUUUUUAAAAAAAUCUAAUAAAUGUAAUUCUGCUCUUUGC